AUGAAAGACUUGAUCAGAAAGCACAAUCCAACUUUUUACGAGACUCACAUUCCUUUCAGCAGACUAUCCCCAUUUUGGACUAUUAAUGGCUAUACCCCAGUUCAUAUUAUAGAAGCUAAUGGUCACUCUGGAGGAAUUUGGCUUCUUAAACAUUCAGCAUCAAAUAUUACCUCAACUGUUCUUGACUUUAGCAAUUUCUCCAUAACCUUCUCCAUCAAUCGCAACAAUGCCACCACUACUUGCACUUGCAUCUACGCAAGCCCUAACCCUGCCUUGCGCCCACAUCUCUGGACCUACCUCUUUAACAUUAACCAAAACAUUGACGCUCCGUGGAUGAUCAUAGGUGAUUUUAAUGAAACACUUCUCCCUGGUGACCAAAGGGGAGGCAUUUUCCAUCACAACCGUGCUUCCCUUUUCUCCAAUUUCAUGAAUAAUUGCAACCUCCUAGAUCUAACAACAACUGGUGGUUGUUUUACUUGGCACAGAAACAACAACGGUAUCCAUACCCUUUCUAAGAAACUUGAUCGUGGCCUUGCCAAUGUUGACUGGCGUAUAUCCUUCCUUGAAGCUUUCGUUGAGGUCCUAUGUCGUCUACAUUCUGAUCACAAUCCCCUCCUUCUCCGCUUUGGUGGCCUCCCUUUAGCUAGAGGGCUUAGACCUUUUCGUUUUGAAGCAGCAUGGAUCGACCAUAGUGACUACGCUGAAGUUGUUAGAAGCUCUUGGAAUUCCACCAACCACAACACAACCGCAUCUUUGAAUUCUGUCAGACAAAACUCCAUCACCUUCAAUCAAGAAAUCUUCGGAAACAUUUUUCAAAGAAAAAGACGUGUGGAAAGUCGCCUAAAGGGAGUUCAAAACUACUUGGAAAGGGUUGAUUCAUACUGUCACACCCUCCUUGAAAAAGAACUUCAGCAAGAAUACAACCAUAUCCUCUUCCAAGAAGAAAUGCUUUGGUACCAAAAGUCCAGGGAACAAUGGGUCAAAUUUGGAGAUAGAAACAACUCUUUUUUCCAUGCUCAAACUAUCAUUAGAAGAAAGAGAAACAUAAUUCAUAGGCUCCAACUUCCAAAUGGUAUUACCACUUCAGAUAGCACUAUCCUACAAAAAGAAGCCCAAAAAUACUUCAAAAAUUUCUUUUGCGGUAACUAG